AUGACUCUCCAACGGAAUGGAUCCUGGAGCAUGGGAAGUGGAACAGGAGAAGAGAUUUGGCGAACCCUUUCAAGAACGAUGAGCGGCCGACCCACCUCGGAGCGUCGCUCGGAGCGUCGCUAUUCGAGUGCCAGCGAUGAAUCAGCCAGCAAGGCCGAGGACUGGAAGUACAUGAAUGAAGUUAGGGAGAUGAAGCAGCAAACCGAAAAGGACAACGGAAAGGGACGAUCGCUGGGUGUAACCUGGCAAAAUCUCACAGUGAAAGGCGUCGGAGCUGAUGCGGCCUUCAAUGAAAAUGUUACAUCUCAGUUCAACAUCCCCAAACUCGCCAAGGAAGGGCGACAAAAGCCUCCCCUCAAGACCAUUAUCGACAACAGCAAUGGUUGUGUACAACCGGGCGAGAUGCUGCUCGUCCUCGGCAGACCUGGAGCAGGAUGCACAUCGCUUCUGAAGAUGCUGGCGAACCGACGAAGUGGCUACGCAGAAGUCAGCGGUGAUGUCAAGUUCGGCGCCAUGGACCACGAGGAAGCACAACAGUUUCGAGGCCAGAUCGUGAUGAAUACCGAAGAAGAGCUCUUCUUUCCCACUCUCACGGUAGGCCAGACGAUCGAUUUCGCGACUCGAAUGAAGGUACCGCACCACAUUCCCUCAAAUACAAAGUCUCCAAAAGAGUUUCAACGGCUCAGCCGCGACUUCUUGCUGCGCUCCAUGGGCAUAGAGCACACUCAUGAUACCAAGGUCGGAAAUGAAUACGUCAGAGGCGUGUCUGGCGGUGAGAGAAAAAGAGUCUCAAUCAUUGAAACAAUGGCAACAAGAGGUUCCGUCUUCUGCUGGGACAACUCAACCCGAGGAUUGGACGCGUCAACCGCAUUGGAAUACAUCAAAUGCGUCAGAGCAAUGACAGAUGUCUUGGGCCUGACAUCGAUUGUGACAUUGUAUCAGGCCGGCAAUGGCAUCUAUGACUUGUUCGACAAGGUCCUGGUCCUCGAGGAGGGGAAGCAGAUAUUCUACGGCCCCACGCCUCAGGCCAAGACCUUCAUGGAAAGUCUCGGAUUCGUGUGUAUGCCUGGUGCGAAUGUGGGAGACUUUCUUACAGGUGUUCUUGUCCCCACCGAGCGCCGCGUCAAACCUGGAUUUGAGCAUCGCUUCCCUCGAACUGCUGAGGAGAUCCGAAAUGAAUACAACAGGACAAACAUCAAGACACUAAUGGAACAGGAAUACAACUACCCGCAGACCGAAGAUGCUAUCCAGCGUACGGCCGACUUCCGUGAGGCCGUGCAAUACGAAAAGCAUCCCAGACUGCCCAAAAAAUCGACUCUCACCACCGGAUUUUUCACGCAGGUGAAAGCCGCCACGAUUAGGCAGGUGCAGCUUCUCAAAGGGGACAAGCCAACGCUCUUUCUUAAACAAGGUACCAAUCUGCUGCAAGCCAUCGUCGCCGGAUCGCUCUUUUACAACGCACCCGAUAACACAGCGGGAUUGUUCGCCAAAGGCGGCUCUCUGUUCUUGGCACUCCUUUACAACUCUCUCCUUGCGAUGAGUGAAGUGACUGAUUCGUUUGGCGCUCGUCCUGUCCUCGCAAAGCAUCGCGGAUUCGCACUUUAUCACCCAGCGGCAUUUUGCAUUGCGCAGAUCUUGUGCGACCUUCCCAUCAUAUUCCUUCAGAUCACCCUAUGGUCUCUGCCAGCUUAUUUUAUGACGGGCCUCAAAAUGACACCGGGAGCCUUCUUCACGUACUGGGUCAUCAAUUACAUCUCAGCACUCACUAUGACGGCGCUAUUCAGGGCUAUUGGCGCUGCGUUCUCAACCUUUGACGGCGCGUCCAAGGUGUCAGGCUUGGUCGUCUCUAUCUCCUUCACCUAUGUGGGGUACAUGAUCCCAAAGCCUUCUAUGCAUCCAUGGUUUGUCUGGCUCUACUGGAUUAAUCCGCUGUCUUACGGCUUCGAGGCUCUGCUAGGUAACGAGUUUGGGAACACCAAUAUCCCGUGCGUCGCUAAUAACCUCGUACCCAAUGGUCCUGGAUAUACCGAUAGCAACUUUCAAGCAUGUACAGGCGUCAGAGGGAACCAAGUCGGCGCAACCUCCUUGACAGGCGAAGAGUACCUCUCAGCAUUAUCGUACAGCAAAACGCACAUCUGGCGGAAUCUGGGUAUUUUGAUAGCUUGGUGGGUGUUCUACGCAGGUUUGGCCAUUUUUUUCACGUCACGCUGGAGCCAGGUCAGCGGAAACACUGGCUAUCUCGUUAUCCCUCGCGAGAAUKCGAAAAAGGCUCAACAUCUGCUGGAAGAUGAAGAGUCACAAUCAAAGGGCGCUUCUGACAAUGAAAAGGGAACGAAGACAUCUUCAGACGACGAGAAGAGCGGCAAUCUUGAAGGCCAGCUGCUGAAGAACACGUCUAUCUUUACCUGGAAAAACCUGACCUAUACGGUCAAGACUCCUUCUGGUGAUCGUGUAUUGCUCGACAACGUUCAGGGCUAUGUCAAGCCCGGGAUGUUGGGCGCACUGAUGGGGAGCUCUGGUGCAGGCAAAACUACUCUCUUGGAUGUGUUAGCUCAAAGGAAGACGGACGGUACAAUCAGAGGUAGCAUCCUCGUCGAUGGUCGUGAGCUACCAGUUUCCUUCCAACGAUCCGCCGGCUAUUGCGAACAACUAGACAUCCACGAGCCCAUGGCCACAGUGCGGGAGGCUCUGGAAUUUUCRGCACUUCUCCGACAAAGUCGUGAAACGCCAAGGGCCGAGAAGCUCAAGUAUGUCGAUGUCAUCAUUGAUCUCCUGGAGAUGCACGACAUUGCGAACACCUUGAUCGGAACCUCUGCCGCUGGGCUUUCUGUUGAGCAGCGAAAACGCCUAACUAUCGGGGUGGAGCUUGUAAGCAAGCCUUCCAUCCUGAUCUUCCUUGACGAGCCAACCUCAGGACUGGAUGGUCAGGCUGCAUUCAACACCGUGCGUUUUCUGCGGAAGCUCGCAGAUGUUGGUCAAGCUGUACUUGUUACCAUUCACCRACCUUCUGCCUCAUUGUUUGCACAGUUUGACACGCUAUUGCUCCUCGCAAAGGGCGGAAAGACAGUGUACUUCGGUGAUAUCGGAGAGGAUGCGCGGACGAUCAAGGAGUACUUCGGCAGGUAUGAUGCUGCCUGCCCCCCAAACAGCAACCCUGCAGAGCAUAUGAUAGACGUUGUGUCAGGAACGCUCAGCAAAGGGAAGGAUUGGAACCAGGUUUGGCUGAGUUCGCCUGAAUACACCGCCAUGACCACCGAGCUCGAUCGCAUGGUUGAUGAUGCCGCCUCCAAGCCACCAGGAACUGUCGACGAUGGCCACGAGUUUGCCACCUCAAUGCUGGAGCAGAUCAAGAUUGUGACGCGGCGAAUGAACGUUGCUCUGUACAGGAACGUCGACUAUGCCAACAACAAGUUUGCCCUACACAUAUUUUCGGCACUCUUUAACGGGUUCACCUUUUGGCAGAUCGGCAAUAAUGUUGCUUCUCUGCAGCUUCGCCUGUUUGCUCUUUUUAACUUCAUCUUCGUUGCCCCUGGUGUCAUCGCUCAAUUGCAGCCGUUGUUCUUGCAGCGUAGGGACGUUUACGAGGCGAGAGAGAAGAAGAGCAAGAUGUACCACUGGGUCCCGUUCGUGACAGGAUUGAUCAUUAGCGAAAUGCCCUACUUGGUCAUUUGCGCCGUGCUCUACUUUGUGUGCUUCUACUGGACCGCUGGGUUCCCCAAUGACUCCUCAAAGGCCGGUGGUGUCUUCUUCAUCAUGUUCGUGUAUGAGUUCAUCUACACCGGGAUCGGCCAGUUCGUCUCCGCAUAUACGCCUAACGCUGUCUUCGCGGCUCUAGUGAAUCCAAUUAUUAUUGGAACUCUAGUUUCGUUCUGCGGUGUUCUUGUGCCUUACGCACAGCUCCCCGUAAUCUGGCGAUACACACUGUACUACAUCAAUCCCUUCAACUACCUGAUGGGAUCUCUGCUGGUCUUCACAACCUUUGACGUCCAGGUCGAGUGCUCGGAUUCGGAGCUUGCCGUAUUUGAUACGCCUUCAGGAGAGACCUGCGCCUCGUACCUAAGGGAGUACAUGCAAGGAAUGGGUGCAAGAACCAAUUUGCUCAAUCCCGAGGCCUCCUCUGGAUGCCAGGUCUGCCAAUAUCGUACCGGCGCUGACUACCUCUACACCUUGAACCUGAAGGACUACUACUACGGGUGGAGAGAUGCGGGCAUCUGCGUCCUGUUCGCCUUGUCUUCAUAUGCCUUUGUGUAUCUGAUGAUGAAACUUCGAACGAAAGCUACCAAGAAAGCGGAAAAGUGA